AUGAGCAUGGAGAGCAUCCGCUGCCAGCUGGCCCACUACCUGGAAGAUCUGGAGGAUGUGGACUUUAAGAAGUUCAAGAUGUAUCUGGAAGACUAUCCUCCCCAGAAGGGCUGCAUCCCGCUCCCCCGGGGCCAAACAGAGAAGGCAGACCACGUGGACCUCGCCACCCUAAUGAUCGACUUCAAUGGGGAGGAGAAGGCGUGGGCCAUGGCUGUGGGCAUUUUUGCUGCCAUCAACAGGAGAGAUCUUUAUGAGAAAGCCAAGAGAGACACACCCAAGUGGGGUGAGUGUAAUGCGCACGUUUCUAAUUCGACUGUGAUAUGCCAGGAAGAGAGCACUGGAGAGGAGCAGAUGGGCUUGCGGGGGUAUCUUUCUGGAAUCUUCAUUUGUAAAAAGAAGAAAGAUUACUGCAAGAAGUACAGAAACUACGUGAAAAGCAGAUUCCAGAGUAUCAAAGACAGGAACGCCCGCCUGGGAGAGAGCGUGAGCCUCAACAAACGCUACACACGGCUGUGGCUGGUGAAGGAACACCCAAGCCAGCAGGAGAGGGAGCAUGAGCUCUUGGCCAUCGGCAGGACCAAGACAGGGGACUGGCCCAUGAGCCCCAUCAAGACGGAGCUGCUUUUUGAGCCGGAUGAGGAAAGCAAUGAGCCUGUACACACGCUGGUGUUCCAGGGUGCAGCGGGCAUCGGGAAGACAAUCCUGGCCAGGAAGAUCAUGCUGGACUGGGCAUCGGGGACCCUCUAUAAGCACAGGUUCGACUACCUAUUCUACAUCCAUUGUCGCGAGGUGAGUCUUGCCACGCAGAGGAGUCUGGGUGACCUGAUUGCCAGUUGCUGUCCCGACCCAAACCCACCCGUGGACAAGAUUGUGAGCAACCCCUCCCGGAUCCUCUUUCUCAUGGAUGGCUUUGAUGAGCUGCAGGGUGCUUUCGAUGAGCACCUUGGGGCGCUGUGCACAGACUGGCGGAAGGCCGAGCGGGGCGAUGUGCUCCUCAGCAGCCUCAUCAGGAAGAAGCUGCUCCCUGAGGCCUCCCUGCUCAUCACCACGAGGCCCGUGGCCCUGGAAAAACUGCAGCACCUGCUGGAUCACCCUCGGCACGUGGAGAUCCUGGGCUUCUCGGAGGCCAAGAGGAAGGAAUACUUCUUCAAGUACUUCUCGAACGAGUCGCAGGCCAGGGAUGCCUUCCGGCUGAUCCAGGAGAAUGAGGUCCUCUUCACCAUGUGCUUCAUCCCCCUGGUCUGCUGGAUUGUGUGCACCGGCCUGAAGCAGCAGAUGGAGAGUGGCAAGAGCCUGGCGCAGACCUCCAAGACCACCACAGCCGUGUACACCUUCUUUCUGUCCAGUCUGCUGCAGUCUCGCAGAGGAAACCAGAAACACCACCUUGCAGCCCACCUCCGGGGGCUCUGCUCGCUGGCCGCUGACGGCAUCUGGAACCAGAAGAUCCUCUUCGAGGAGGCGGACCUCAGGCGCCAUGGGCUGCGGAAGGAGGACGUGUCUGCCUUCCUGAGGAUGAACCUGUUCCAGAAGGAAGUGGACUGUGAGAAGUUGUACAGCUUCAUCCACAUGACCUUCCAGGAGUUCUUUGCCGCCAUGUACUACCUGCUGGAGGAGGAGGAGGACGAGGCAGGGAGGAGGCCCACACUGGGGAGGUGUUUGGAGCUUUCCAACAGGGAUGUGACGGUCCUUCUUGAAAACUAUGGCAAAUUCGAGAAGGGCUAUCUGAUUUUUGUCGUCCGCUUCCUCUUUGGCCUCGUCAACCAGGAAAGGACCUCCUACCUGGAGAAGAAACUGAGUUGCAAGAUCUCUCAACAAGUCAGGCUGGAGCUGCUGAAAUGGAUCGAAGCCAAGGCCAAGGCCAAGAAGCUGCAGAUCCAGCCCAGCCAGCUGGAACUGUUCUACUGCCUGUAUGAGAUGCAGGAGGAGGACUUUGUGCGGAGGGCCAUGGACCACUUCCCCAAGAUAGAGGUCAACCUCUCUACCAGGAUGGACCACGUGGUGUCUUCUUUUUGCAUUAAGAACUGCCAUUGUGUGGAGUCACUCUCCCUGGGGCUUCUCCAUAACACGCCCAAGGAGGAGGAGGAAGAAGAGGAGGAAGACCAACACCUCAACUCUGUCCAGUGUGUCCUCCUGGGUCCCCACGCUUCCUGUUCUAACCAGCUGGCGAACCACUAUCUCACUUCCAGCUUUUGCCGAGGUCUCUUCUCCGUUCUGAGCACCAACCAGAGCCUGACGGAACUCGACCUCAGUGACAACACCCUAGGGGACCCUGGGAUGAGGGUAUUGUGUGAAACGCUCCAGCAUCCGGACUGCAAUAUUCAGAGACUGUGGCUGGGCCGCUGUGGCCUUUCCCAUCAGUGCUGCUUCGACAUCUCCCUGGUCCUGAGCAACAACCAGAAGCUGGUGGAAUUGGACCUGAGUGACAACGCCCUGGGGGACUUUGGGAUCCGGCUCCUGUCUGUGGGGCUGAAGCAUCUCUUCUGCAACCUGAAAAAGCUCUGGUUGGUCAGCUGCUGUCUCACAUCCGCGUGUUGUAAGGAUCUUGCGUCGGUCCUGAUCACCAACCAAUCCCUGACCAGACUCUAUGUGGGGGAAAACACCUUGGGAGAUGCUGGAGUUGGAAUCUUAUGUGAAGAAGCCAAGAAUCCACAGUGUAACCUGCAGAAGUUGGGGUUGGUGAACUCUGGCCUCACAUCGGUGGGCUGUGUGGCACUGUCCUCGGUGCUCAGCGCUAACCAGAACCUCACACACCUCUACCUGCGGGACAAUGCACUUGGGGACCUGGGCAUCAAGCAGCUCUGUGAGGGCCUCCUGCACCCUACCUGCAAGCUACAGGUGUUGGAAUUGGACACCUGCAGCCUCACCUCACACUGCUGCUGGGAUCUCUCCACGCUUCUGACCUCCAACCGGAGCCUGCGGAAACUAAGCCUGGGCAAUAACGACCUGGGCGACCUGGGGGUCAUGAUGCUCUGCGAGGUCCUGAAGCAGCAGGGCUGCCUCCUGCAGAGCCUGCAGUUGUGUGAAAUGUAUUUCAACUAUGAGACAAAACGUGCACUAGAAACACUUCAAGAAGAAAAGCCUGAGUUGACCAUUGUAUUUGAGCCCUCUUGGUAG